AUGUGUGCUGCAAAGACCCGCGCAACAAAAAGACAAGCUCCUGCAGCUGACCCCGAUACGCCAGCAAAGAAAACACGACGGGCCACUCGUACAAAGGAGGAACCGACUGAGGCUGUAGAACCUGCAGAGCCUGCUCGGCGGGCGACGCGUGGUCGCAAGCCCGCAACAAAGCUAGCUGACGCGCCGGGUCUUGCACCGGAGCACGAAGAAGACGUGGCAUCAUCACCCAAAAAGUCACCUAAUAAAACCCCAAGAAAAGCCAAAGAGCCACAAAAGAAGACACCUAAAAAGUCGCCAAAGAAGGCAUCAAAGUCUGUGGUUGAAGAGCAAAAGCCUGAGCAACCAGAACCUACAGAAGAAUAUCCAGAGGAACAUCCAGAAGAACAUCCAGAAGAACAUCCAGAACAGAAGGUUGAACCUGAACAAACACAGAGUCCCAUAAAAGAUACCCAAAACAAACCUACCCCAGUAUCACUACCACCGGCUCCAGCAUCUUUGCCGCCUGCCCCUCGUGCUACUAUUGCAGGUGUUCCUACUGUUACUACUACGACUACUACAUCCUCUGCACCUUUGGAAGCCUUACCGCAGACAAUUAUUGGUGCCCCAAACUGCACGCUCUAUCUUAACAAUCUGAAUGACCAGGUGACUGCUGAUGUUCUGCGGCGGACCUUGUAUGCUGCGUUUUCGCCGUACGGACAUGUUGUGUCUGUGAAUGCGAGCAAGGCCAAGGGUAUGCGUGGACAAGCAUUUGUUGCUUAUGGUGGUGUGAAUGCAGCAGCAGCAGCAGCGCGCGCCAUGCAGGGUGUCGAGGUGCUGGGGAAAAAGGUACAAGUGCAAUAUGCGCGGACCAAGGCACAUGCGGUUGCAAAACUUGAUGGGACAUUCCGUGCGGUUGCUCCACAGCAAUCUGGUGCUGGGUCAUUGACGACUGCUCCCUCUUCUGCUGUUUUAAAUCAAGAAAUUAAGUAUGAAGAAGACAGUGAUAUGGAAGAUGUAUAG